AAACCAUUAGAUUACCAUCCUCCGAAAUGCCCAAACCAAACCCCUCGCAAAUUUCCCUGCUUUUAUAUAUUCCAUCAUUUUUAUGAUCGUUUGCAUUUGCUAAACCUUCCUAAAACCCCUCCAUUUCUUCUGAGUUCCAACAGUUCAUUGUCAAUAGCCCAGUUUCUUCCGAAUUUGAUUCAUGUCAAAGCCCCUCAAGCUCUUCAAAUCCAAUGCCUCCAACCCCAAACUUUGGAUCGUGAUCGGGGUCGGUGUAGCCGGAAUUGUAAUUUUUGCAGAGACUCGGAGGAGACGAAAGAAUGCCAGACUUUUGCAGAGAGCGGACUUCGGUGCUUUCCUCCAGCAGUUUGAGCUUCAGCCUUUCCCUCAGCCUCCGCCUCCCGCCGCCAGACAACCCCUCGCCGGCCUGACUUUCGCCAUCAAGGAUGUGUUCGAUGUGAAGGACUACGUGACGGGGUUCGGCAAUCCGGACUGGAGGAGAACUCAUGAUGCUGCUGAGAAGACAGAUGGGGUGCUGACUCUUCUGCUCAAGAAUGGAGCUGCUUGCGCUGGGAAGACUGUUAUGGAUGAACUGGGUUUUGGGAUUACUGGGGAGAACAAGCACUAUGGAACUCCUACCAAUCCAAAAUUGGCAUCGUGUGUUCCUGGAGGUUCUUCUAGUGGGUCCGCUGUGGCUGUUGCAGGAGAGCUUGUUGACUUCGCACUUGGCACUGAUACAGUUGGUUGCAUCAGAAUUCCAGCUUCAUUUUGUGGUAUACUUGCAUUUCGCCCCUCACAUGGAGUUGUACCGAUGAAUAGAGUUUUGUCUAAUUCCCAGAGUUUGGAUACUAUUGGAUGGUUUGCUCGUGAUGCUUCCAUUCUGCAUCGUGUUGGACAUGUUCUACUUAAGCUGAAUUCAAUAGAACCUAGAAGGAUGCGUCGCCUUGUUUUUGCUGAUGAUCUCUUUCAGCUUUCCAAGGUUCCUUUGCAGAAGACUGUUCAUGUUGUUAAAAAAGCAAUCGAAAGUCUAUCUGGCUAUCAGUCUCCUAAGCACAUGAACUUCGGUCAGUACUUGGCUUCCAAUGUAGCCAGUCUAAAAGGGUUCAAUAAACAAUCACCAAACUUGCAAAAUGGAAUUUCUAUCUUGAAAGCUCUCUCAUCUGUUAUGAUUUUAUUACAGAGAUGUGAAUUUAAACUAAAUCAUGAAGAAUGGAUUAAGUCAGUCAAACCCAAGUUAGGAUCUAAUGCGUCUGAAGAUGUUCUUGCAGCGAUUAACACAUCUUUUGAUGAUAUGAAAACUCUAUAUAAAGUCAGAACAGAGAUGAGAAUUGCACUUCAAAGUUUAUUAAAGGAUGAUGGGAUAUUAGUCAUUCCCACAAUUGCAGAUCCCCCACAAAAAUUUAGUUCAAAGAAGGGAAUUUCUUCUGAGUUUCGUGAUAGGAUAUUUGCAUUAACAAGCAUUUCAAGCAUGUCUGGUUGCUGUGAAGUUGCCGUUCCAUUAGGAAGGCACGAUGAUUGUCCCAUCUCCAUUUCACUUUUAUCAUUUCAUGGUGCCGAUAAGUUUCUUCUGGACACUGUCUUGGAUAUGUACUCAGCUCUUCAAGAGCAAGUUGGCAUUGCUUCCAAUUUAUUGCCAUUUGCUGAUACCAACGGUGACAUGGAUGCUUCUGAACUAUUGAAAGAGAAGGGUAAUGCAGCUUUUAAAGGAAGACAGUGGAAUAAAGCUGUUAAUUAUUACACGGAAGCUAUCAAAUUAAAUGGGACAAUUGCGACUUACUAUAGCAACCGAGCUGCUGCUUACUUAGAGUUAGGCUGCUUUCAACAAGCCGAAGAUGACUGCAGCAAAGCAAUAUUACUUGACAAGAAGAAUGUGAAGGCAUAUCUCAGACGGGGAACUGCCAGAGAAUCUCUUUUUCUUUGUAAAGAAGCAAUCAAAGAUUUCAAGCAUGCUCUUGUCCUCGAACCGCAGAAUAAAGUUGCGAAUCUUGCUGAAAAGAGAUUAAGAAAACUGAUCAGUUGAGGACCCAAUUCUCAUACAGAAAACAAAAAAGAAAACCCUAAUGAAAUGACCAAAAAGGUAAAAUGGGGAAAAAACAAAGGCCAAGCUGAUAGAAGCAAAGAGUAGAGUUAGAAGCCAGUGAGAGCUGCUGGCUGCUGCUGCAAAUUUUGUCAGUAUAUAUUAUUCAACUUUUCUGUAGUCAAACCUUAUUUUGGCACAUGACCAUGUGGAAUUCUUCUCCCUUGAACUGUGAGAAAUUCAAUAGAAAUUUUGGGUGCUUGUUCAGUGUUCUUGUGAAACCCUUUUUUUUUUUUUUUACCUUUUCCUGAACUUGUUUACAGACCAUUUAGGCUGCUGAAUGUAGAGAAUUGAAGGGAGUACUACGGAGAAGGUUGAGAAUUGUUGGCGUAAAUGUUUGGAAGAAAUUCCAGGAUACACUUAGUUCAUCUCAGUGUAAAAGUGUUCAGUAUAGGAUAUUCAUGUAUUGAUAUAGACGAGGUGGAGAAAUGGAUCUAUAAAACUCCAACUAUUCUGUUAUUUAGUUAAGUUCAUUGGUUC